AUGGAAGAAACUACGAUUGAGCGGGAUCCAAAUGUUUUUCCCUUCUUUGAACUUCCAGUUGAACUGCGUGCAUCAAUACUUCAAAAGCUGCGCAACUUAAAAACGGUGCGUCUCGUGUCUCGAUCUAUGUACAAUUUGGCUGAAAGUGUGGCACCUAGAAAAUGGAAGAGUGCUUUUGUGGACUAUACAUCCGGUCCUAACUUCUUCUUCCGACAAAUCACCUGUAAGGAUUGGACACUUCUGCAUCACUGUACUGCUUGUUUGGAAAUGAUACGCCUCGCGCGUGGAGCUACCAUUCCACGGUUAUUCUUCCAUAAGGCCAAGAUAUCGUGUCGCUUCUUAAAAAGGUUGUUAGAUGAGGCAAGAAAAUCGCAAGUAACAGUGGAACACUACGAAUUUUCUAUGUCUGAAAUGGCAUGCAAAGCCCAGCAACUAGUUGAUUGUCUGGAGAUUUGUAGAUCUCAGAAGCUCGCCCUUGUUGGGUGCAGAAUAUCGCAAGAUUUCAAGCAAUUUUUAAUAAGGAAUAAUUUCAUACAAAAGGGCUGCAUAGUUUGGGGAAGUCUUUUUGCCACUCCAGUAUAUUCACUGCCUCAAUACCCUGCACACUGGGCCCUGCCGUCUCAGACGUCGGACGGUAUGGCGAUCGGAGACACACGCACGACUCGUCAUGGACACUGUCUCAGAAUGUGUACUUUCAACGCGAGAACAGUGUCCACAGACGCUGACCUGCAUGCCCUUCUCGGAGCUGCAGAGCGUAUCAAAUUUCACGUGAUUGCUCUGCAGGAGACCAAGUGCACAAGGAGCGACGUACGACAGAUGAAUGGCGGUACACUCGUCAUUCGUGAAGAGAAGGUUCCGUCGCGAAAUGUAGGCGGUGUUGGUUUCGUUGUGCACCCAUCUGUCGUCCAUCUCGUCGAUUCUCACGAGACCCUGUCACCUCGUCUGGCCAUUCUUCGCCUCCGCCCUCUGCGCCAAAAAUCCAUCAGUAUCAUCAACUGCUAUUCACCAACAUCAGCAGCUGAUGAUUCCGAAUUGGACGCGUUUUACGAGGAGCUGGGGAAAGUGAUCCGCAACGAGAAGUCCUUCUACAAAUUCGUUAUCAGAGACUUCGAUGGAAAACCAGGAAAGGCUACAGAAGAGGGAUAUAGGAUCAGGGACACGGAUGAAAUUGGCAGUAGCCUCGCCGGGCUGUUGUCCGCCGCUCGCCUCUUUCAAAGGAAUUCUCUUUUCAUGAGGAAAAAUCAUCUUCGGUGGACAUAG